AUGAUAGCAAAGUUUGAAAAGCUACGUCCCCACAAAUUCCUUGGUGGAUCAAACCCCCAUGAAGCUGAAGCUUGGUUAAGACAAAUUAAGAAGUUGCUAGAUACUUCUGACAUCCGAAAUGAACAAGAUAGAGUGACUAUAGCGGCAUUUCAAAUGGAAGGGGAAGCAGAUCAUUGGUGGGAAAUGAUCAAAAGUACUCGACAAGUAGAGACAUUAACUUGGAGACAGUUCGAAGACCUGUUCAUGGAAAAGUAUUUUCCUAACUCGCUAAGACAAGAAAUGAUUCAAGAGUUCCUUCAACUGAAACAAGGAAAAAUGUCAGUCGCUCAAUAUGCGAACCGUUUUGAAACCCUUUCACGGUAUACUUCAGCCAUAGUUGCAAAUGAAGGGGAUAAGGUUAGGCGAUUUGAAUGGGGUUUGGACACAGACAUUAGAGGAAAAUUGAUCGCAGUACAACUCUCCACUUAUGCCCAAAUGGUGGAUCGAGCUUUAAUUGUGGAACGAGAGUUAGCAGAUUCUGAACGCAUUCGAAAUCAGCGAUCAAGGAACAAUAACCAACCACGCGGAAGAGGCCCAGUCCGCAACACCAGAAACCAUCCUGCGCCAGCACCUAAUGCCGGAGGGAUGCAGCAGCAACAAAGACAGAAUCGAGGAAACCAGCAAGGAGGAAACUUUGUAAGUGAGUGGAAAGGAAGAUGUUUCGGAUGUGGUCAACAGGGGCAUCGUCGAAGUGAGUGUCCUCAAGGAGGGAAGUAUUUUAUGGAUCAGCGAGGGGCACAACCAUACAACAAAUGCCAACCAGGGCAAGGUUAUAAGCCUACUCAACAUGCCCAGACCAACAAGGGGCAGCCUCAAGCCUCUAAGAAUGCAGGCCGACCAAGAACGCAACCACAAGGAGCUGGAAAUGGAAAGAAACUGGGAGAGACUAACCAACAGGCAGUAGGAAGAAUGUAUGCUCUCCAAGAAAAAGAAGAUGUUGAUAACCCAUCAGUAAUUCAAGGUAUGUUAAUCCUUAUGAAUUCUUGGGUUAAAGUAUUAUUUGAUUCUGGAGCUUCGCAUUCUUUUAUAUCCACUGCAUGUGUGACAAGUUUGGGUUUAAAGCCAGAAGCGUUAGAGAUAGCUAUGAGUGUCGCUUCACCCUUAGGAGGUCAAACCCGAGUAAAUCUAGUAUGUAAAACUUGCGAGCUAGAAAUCUCCGGUUCACAUUUGAUCUGUGAUCUAAGAGUUAUGGAUAUGUCGGAUUUUGACGUCAUCCUAGGAAUGGACUGGUUGUCAGUUCAUCGAGCCAUUAUUGAUUGUUACUGUAAGACAGUGACAGCAUCCUCCCUUAACGGCACGAAAGUCCAAUUUAAAGGGGAUAGACAAGAUUCUCUAACUCCAAUGUGUCGCAAGUCGUGA